GCUGGCUUGCUGCUAGAACUCUCUUGAAUCUUCCCCACACACACAAACACACACAGUAAUAGUGAACAUGGAUCGAAAACUGGUGUUUAAUUUGUUGUUUUGGGGUUCAUUGUUAUGUUCAUCGUGGAUACAAACAUCGUAUUGUGCAAAACCAGCUGGAGUUGCUCGGAAAGAUGAUAUACCUUUCAUCAAAUGUCAAGUAUGCGAGAAGCUUGCGAAGGAAUUGUUCGAACAAGUUCGUGAUAAACAAGCUAAGAUUUCUCCUAAGAAGAUAUCAGAGUAUGAAGUUAUUGAAAUUUCGGAGAAUGUAUGCAAUUUGAAGAAGCAAGAAGCUGAUUGGAUGCUCAAAAUUGAUAUUGUGGAGAAAGGGGAUCGAUUGGAGCUUGUUGAACAAGACUCUGAAGGGCAAUGUGGUUCAGAAUGCAAAACCAUCGAACGAGCUUGUCAAGAGGUUAUAGGAUACUAUGAUACAGAUGUCGCGGAGUAUAUAUACAAAAAGAAGCCUCAGAUGCAUUCAUUGAGUAAAUUCCUUUGCAAAGAUCUUACCAAAGUAUGUAAUACUAAGCCACCGCCAGUUCCUAAGGGUAGGGAGCCGGGGGAAACAUUUGUACCGAAGUCGGCAAAAGAGGCUGAAAUGGAAAAGAUGUUGAAAUCAAUGGAGGGUAUGCCUGGUGCACCUGGCAUGAAAAUGUAUUCAAGGGAAGAUUUGAUGAGUGGUAAAAACUUGGACGAUGACGAUGGUGAUGAUGAAGACGAUGACGAACCAUCAAUCCCUUCGAAUUUGGGGAAGAUUAUGAAGGAAAAAGAAAGCAUGAAGAUGGAUUGGAAGCAAAAGGUGAAGAAAGGGGUGAUAGAUGCUGGUGAAGCAGCAAAGAAACAUGCAACUAAAAUGGGAUUUAGGUUGCAGAAAUGGUGGAAAGGAAAGAAGGCAAGUUUCACACAACACAACUCAAACUCUGCCAAAAAUGAGCUUUAGAACUUGCUCUUGUUUCCACAUAGUUUUUGUAGUCAACCCCUUUUUCUUUUUCUUUUUUUGGGAAUUGAGUUGUAUAACUUGUGUUUCUUUAG